UCUGCGCCGUCGACUUGAGCGGACGCAAAAUCCGCUCCGAAGAACCAACCGGUCUCCGUCUCGCGGCGGCGUUGUGAGUCAAUCGUGUGCCAAGAGCUUGUCAGUCUUGGUUGAUCUUCGAAGCAGACAGGUUCUAUCUGAGCGAGCUCUCCACGCUUUGGAGAAUUUGUAGAAGACUUCAACGAGGGAGCUUUAGUUACAUUGUUUUAUAAGGAGAAAUAAUUCUAGUAAAAAUAAUUGAGAGUGUUAGUCCGAGUGCUUCAGAAAAUGGGGUCCGAGACCCGAAUUCUCGGCGGAGGUCGGCUGACCGUGGUGGUGGUGGUGCUGCUGCUAUCAACGUCUAUUAUCGGAAUACAAUCUAUCAACUCACAGCAUUACUACGAUACUGACCUGGUGUUUGAUGAUUCGUCGACGAUUCCGUCUAAGGCCAGUAAGCCAAACACCGCCACUAACCUUGUAAACGAUGACGAGGAGGCUGUUUGACUUGAGUGCCAGCAAUGAUCAACCAGCAUUCAUCAGUGAUGACGACAUCGAAGCCGCGAAUGAUUAUGAUGAAGACGAAACGCCAGAGGAGGAGGCGUACGAGAAUGAUGAGAUGCGUGCGAUCGCAGCGGCGCCCCAAGAUGAAAGCCAGAACUGGUUAGUGCGAAGUGUGCACAGAAUUAAGCGAAGCAUUGAUAAUCUAUUAAGUGGUAAUGACAAGGCAACGAAAAAGCCUAAGAAAAGAAAGAAUCCCAAAAAAAUGGUGAACGGUAGCAAGAAGGUACGGGAUAGCGAUUUAAUUGCUGGCAAGAAGAUUGGACGAAAGAAUCCGAAAAGCAUCGAAGAAAAGAAAAGUGGAAAGCCGAAAAAUGUGCACCGAAUCCAGACAGGCAAACGGAGGGGACACGAGGAGGCGUUACGUCUGAAACGACAGUACGACGGUCUGGCUGACGAUGAAGACACUUUGUCUGGCUCGGGCGGACCAUUGGAAAUUGAAUCCGAAAAUGCGUAUAAACUCACGUUAACCGUAAUGAAACCCUGGCGUCAAGCCCUAGCCGACAAGGAAAGCACCGAGUUCAAACAGGUGGCCAGAGAAGUAGCGGGAACUCUUCACAAUUUACUCUCCCGUUUGGACGACGAAGCUAACUUUAUCAUCACCGUGCUCAAAUUAGAGCGUAAUCCGGACAGUGUAGGAGAAACAUUCAUCACUUUUGAGAUAAACGUGGACAAGCAUGCAAUCAAUAGGCAAACCAUUGAUAAUGUCCUGCGUACAUCAAUUGAGCAGGGAUAUGGACAAUUUGACAUGAAAGGAUACAGUCUUAUCUCGGAAGGUAUAUUGGACGAAGACUACACCGACACAGAUUAUGCUGAUCCAGGUACCGACAAGUCAAUCGAUACAGAUUUUGAAUCCGAAAAGCCGUUCAUAAGCGAACGAGCUAACACUGUGUCCAGCGUGAAUCUCAAAGACAAUGAUGAUAACAUCAUUGUUGAAACUGAAACGCAACCUGCACUGCCACCAUCAACUCACAAGAACGACCCAACCGAGGACUUGUGCCGUGGGGACGACAAAGUUCGAUGUGGAAAAACCAACGUGUUCAUCUGUGAUAUACAACGAUGCGAUGGCCAACCAGACUGUCCCAAUGGCGAAGAUGAAGAUCCGGCUAGUUGUCCGGAAAAUGUCAGAGAUUGUUCCGACGACGAGUUCAGCUGCGAUCAGGAGAGAUGCAUUCCGAAAUCAAAGCAGUGCGACAGCCAUCAAGACUGCGAUGAUGGCACGGACGAGAUCGACUGUCCGACUGAGGCUCCGCCGGCACGAGAUUGCUUACACGAUGAGUUCUCCUGCCCUGACGGAAGCUGUAUUCCCUCUGAACAGAAGUGUGAUGGCGUACUUGAUUGUGAGCAUGGCGAAGAUGAGGAAAACUGUCCAGCAAAUCCACAUAAAUGUUUGGAAGAUGAAUUCCAGUGCAACGAUGGCCGUUGCAUACCAAAUAACAAUGUAUGUGAUGGAAGCAAACACUGCUCGGAUGGUGAAGAUGAGGAUUGUAUAACAGAAGGAAAGAGCACACAACUAAAGUUUUGUCCACUAGGAAAGUUUACUUGCAACGAUCGCACGUGCAUAUCGAUAAUUGGCCGGUGCGACGGAAAAGUAGACUGUCCUAGGGACCGGGCCGACGAAGAAGAAUGUCCAUGUCCCAGAAAUACCUGGCAGUGUGACUAUGGACAGUGCAUACCCUUGGAGCAAAAGUGCGACGGGAACAUUGAUUGUCCCGACGACAUCUCCGACGAGCGUAACUGUGCCAGCGAACAAUGUGGUCGACAUGAAUUUAGUUGCAUCAGCGACGGAUAUUGUAUAGGGAUUGAAAAGCGAUGCGAUAGACAAAUAGACUGCCUGGACGGUUCUGACGAAAAGGGUUGCGCCCGCUGCAACAAUGGAGAUUUUUUCUGUGAUAAUGGUCACUGCAUCCCAAUGGCUCAGAGAUGUGACCAUUGGAACCAGUGCAGUGAUGGAAGUGACGAAAGAGGUUGCACAAAUUCUUGCAACUCUUAUGAAUUUACCUGUGAUAACGGAGACUGUACCGACAAGCACAAUGAGUGUAAUGGUGUUCGGGACUGCGGAGAUGGUUCUGAUGAACGAAAUUGCCCUUCAAGACGCUGUAAUGACAACGAGUUUGCAUGUAAUGAUGGAUCCUGCACACACCAAAGCAAUCAAUGCAACGGCCGUGACGAUUGUCCUGACGGCAGCGAUGAACAUAAUUGCCACGAUAACUCCCAUUUAAAGUCAUUGGAUCAUCAUAAUCACCACAAUCGUCCUAGCGCCUCUCAUCAUCACAAUCAGCAGACGCACUCGCCGGCGCGCAACGAUCGUUGUGGACCAGAUAGCUUCGAAUGUCACGAUGGGAUUUGUAUAGCGGAUUACAAAAAAUGCAAUGGCAUAGUUGACUGCCACGAUCAGAGUGACGAAUUGCAUUGUCCAUAUGACUUCGAUGUCGAGGACGGAGAGGAGGAGGAAGAAGAUAAUUGCACCGACGAUGAGUUCUUCUGCGAUGGCCGAUGUCUAGACAAGCGACUCCAAUGUGAUGGCAGGAUCGACUGCCAAAGUGGGGAAGAUGAGGAAAAUUGUCCCGAUUCGAAUGAAUGUAACGAUUCAGAGUUCGCAUGUGAUGAAAAAUGUAUUGAUAGAGAUGGUUAUUGUGACGGGUUGUCAGAUUGUGCCGACGGAACAGAUGAAAAUAAUUGUAUAAUUUGCCAGGCUGGAGCGUUUCAUUGUAAAAGUAGAGAGUGCAUUCCCAGUAGUAAACGUUGCGAUGGAACCGUGGAUUGCACCGACAGUAGUGACGAGAUUGAUUGUAACUCAAACUCAUCCAACGGCACUAGUGGCGCUUGCAACAGUGAUCAAUGGCAGUGUGACAAUGGCAUUUGUAUAAAUAGCGAAUUUCGAUGUGACAGUCAGAUCGAUUGCUCAGACCGAUCAGAUGAGGAGAAUUGUCCUCCGGGUCAGCGAUGCACUGUCGAUGAGUUCUCCUGCGACGAUGGCAGCUGCAUCGACAUUGAUCGGCAAUGUGACCGGCGUCAGGAUUGCAACGAUGGAAGUGACGAGCGAAACUGUGAUCAUUACUAUCCCCCAGCAGAGCGCUGCCCACAACACGAGUGUCCUGAUGGUACCUGUAUUGAACAUUCCCAGCGCUGUGAUGGUCACCGAGACUGCCGAGAUGGUUCGGAUGAACACAAUUGUCCAUGUCGGGCGAACGAGUUCACGUGUAACGAUGGCCAAUGCAUACCAAAAUAUCUUGUGUGUAACAGGCAACCAGACUGUCGGGAUCAGUCUGACGAGAGGAACUGUACCUGCUCAAGGGCGGAAUUCCGAUGUAACACCGGUGAGUGCAUUCCGGAGUCCCGGCGGUGUGACCUUCGGGUCGAUUGUGCCGACGGUUCCGACGAACACGGUUGCAAACCACAAUGUAGAGAUCAUGAGUUUACCUGCGGCGAUGGCAAUUGCAUUGACAAGAGACAAAAGUGCGAUAGGCGGUACGAUUGUGCCGAUCGCAGCGAUGAGUUAAACUGCAACAUUGACAGGUGCAAUCGCAAUAUGUUUCGCUGUGAAAAUGGUCCAUGUAUUCCACGAUCCCUAAGAUGCAAUGGAAGAGUUGACUGUCCAUAUGAUACCAGUGACGAACUCGAUUGUAUCGAUUAUGCUACGCCUUCAGAAGACAACUCAAGACUGAAUCUUCGUACCUAUCCAGAUGAACAAAUCAUCAAAGAAAGUCGUGAGGUGGUUUUCCAGUGCCGUGACGAAGGUCCCAUUCGGGCCAAGGUAAAGUGGAGCAGAGCAAAUGGUCUGCCACUGCCGCCUGGAUCGCGUGACAUAAACGGGCGUUUGGAGAUUCCUAACAUUAGGUUUGACCACAAUGGCGACUAUAUCUGUGAAGCAGUAGGAUUCCCAAGUCAACUCCAGGGGCAUAAAAUGGUUCACUUGAUCGUUGAAAGAUACUACCCUGCGGAACGUCCACCAUCAGCGUGCUCGAUCACCCAAGCCACGUGCAUGAACGGUGAUUGCAUUGCCAAGAGCCAGAUUUGCGACGGAAACUUUGACUGCGUCGACGGAUCGGACGAAUCUGGGUGCCGCGAGUCCCAGUGCGAGCCGAACGAGUUCAGAUGUUCCAACAAGAAAUGUAUCUUAAAAACCUGGCGCUGUGACGGAGAAUCGGACUGCGGCGAUGGUUCCGACGAAGAGAACUGUGCUACCCUUCCGCCCGAUGCCGCCUGCCGCUAUGAUGAGUUCCAGUGCCGUAGUGGACAGUGCAUUCCGAAAUCAUUCCAAUGCGAUUCUCAUCCCGAUUGUUUUGACAAAUCCGAUGAAAUUGAUGCAGUGGCGCCAUCGGUCAUUCAACCUCCUCCACCGUCGUUGUCCAUUCAAGCUGGAGGAGUUUUGAAUAUCACUUGUCGCGCAACGGGUAUUCCUGUUCCAUUGAUCGUAUGGCGUCUCAACUGGGGACAUGUCCCUAGCAAGUGUAAUUCCGUAAGUGAUAAUGGCUUUGGCGUAUUGACCUGUAAUGACAUGCAGCUAAUUGACUCUGGAGCAUACUCCUGUGAGAUCAUCAAUUCUAUGGGAACUCACUUCGUUUCACCUGACACGAUUGUAGUUGUUUCUGGAAAUGACACAGUCUGCCGAAAUGGAUAUUUCAAUAGUAAGGCCAGGCAUCCUGAAGAAUGUAUCAACUGCUUCUGCUUUGGUGUAUCCAACCAAUGCAAGAGCGCCGACCUGUACACCUAUGCUCUGAACCCUACUGUGUCCUCACUUACUGUCGUUGGCGUUGAAGGUCCAUGGACGGGACAACGAAGGAUUACCGAAGGCGAGUUCUCCAACCAUGAUCUUACGGUAACCAGACACGGUGUUCAGCUUAGGUUGGCAAACAUUGUGCCUGGACGUCAAGUUCCUUACUAUUCACUGCCGGUUGAGUACAAGGGAAAUCAACUGAAAUCGUAUGGAGGAUCUAUUCGUUACCAGGUUGAAUAUGAUGGAACUGGUAAUCCAAACACCGCCCCUGAUAUAAUUGUGAAGGGCAAUGGCAUCAUUCUGCUGUACAAACACAACGCACCUUUCUACCCGGAUGAACGUAAUGCAGUUUCGGCUACCUUCCUUCCCGGAACAUGGCGCAAGGAUGACAAUUCAUUGGCAAGCCGAGAAGAUAUUAUGAUGGUGUUAGCAGAUGUCGAAAGCAUCUUGAUCAAAAUGCUGUACAUCGAAGGUGUUGAACGUAACAUUGAACUGUUGGACAUUGCAAUGGAUUCAGCAGCCACUCAGAACUUGGGAUUAGGCUCAGCUACACUUGUCGAAGAGUGUAGAUGUCCGCCGGGUUAUCGGGGACUGUCCUGUGAGAGCUGUGAUUUCGGAUACGUUCGCCAAAGCAGUGGCCCAUGGUUGGGUCGUUGUGUACCGAGAGCUCAAGAAUGUCGUCCUGGAUACUACGGUGACCCGAAUCGUGGUAUCCCGUGCCAACCUUGUCCAUGCCCUGUUCCAGGAGACAAAUCGCGAGCUAGAACAUGUUCUCUAGACAACUACAACAAUGUCAUCUGUAACUGUGACCGAGGAUACACUGGGGACCGAUGCCAACAGUGUGCUCCGGGUUACGUAGGAAAUCCUAUGGGAGAUGGCUGCUUCCCCGGACAGGUUACGAAUUGCAAUUCAGAGGGCACUCAACAAGUGCUGCCCGAUGGUAGGUGUAUCUGUAAAACCGGUGUCACCGGAACGUACUGUGAUCGGUGCGCGGCGGAACACUUUUACAUGCACGAAAAGGGAUGUGUCGAGUGCUUCUGCAUGGGAAUUUCGAGAAGUUGUACUAGCACAAGCCUGUAUCGGGACACAGUACAGGCAACAUUCAAUGAUGGGCAGUCCGGAUUUUCGCUGAUUUCCGAUUACGCAAAUCCGGAAAUUAUUGCUACCAACUUGCCAGCCUCUAGCCGCGAAAUUGUUUACCGAAACUUUGGAACAAGUGACGAUACCUUCUAUUGGCGACUCCCUGCAAAAUUUUUAGGAAACAAGCUGACAUCGUAUGGAGGCUUCCUGAACUACACUUUGCGUUACACUCCCCAUUCCUCGGGUGGUGCUUCCAGAAACAAUUCCCCCGAUGUCGUGUUGCACAGUGGUAACAAAAUUAAACUUCACCAUUACCGCACGGAUGGUAGUAUCUCGCCGAUUGGAUCCAGCACAUAUACCGUUCCAAUUGUGGAAGAUUUCUGGCAAAACUAUGAAGAUGGAAACAAAGUUCUACGACCAUACUUGCUGAUGGCACUGGCCAACGUUAGUGACAUCUUCAUUAAGGCCACUUACAACACAGUCUCAAACGAGGCAGCACUGUCUCAUGUUGGUCUUGACAUUGCGUCGGAAAAUGACUUCGGAUCUGGAACCCGGGCAUGGCCAGUGGAGCAAUGCCAAUGCAGUCAAGGUCACAUUGGUCUUUCAUGUGAGGAUUGUGGUCCAGGAUAUUACAAGGGUGACGGAGGACUAUACCUAGGCUUGUGCGAGAAAUGUGAAUGUAACGAGCAUUCAGAUGAGUGUGAUCCCAUUACGGGAGAGUGCCUCAACUGCCGACACAAUACAUAUGGGAGCAACUGUGAACAUUGUAAGCCUCCGUACGUUGGCAACGCUACUGGUGGAACACCCUACGAUUGUACUAUGGACAAACCGGACUCUUCAUUCAACUGCCAACAUUGUGAUCCACGGGGCUCAACUGUGCGGUGCGAAGGACAAUGCGAGUGCAAGCGGCUUGUGGAGGGCUACCGUUGUGAUCAGUGUAGAGAAGGUUCAUUCGACCUGAGUGCCCAAAAUGUCGAUGGAUGCCGUGAGUGCUUCUGUUCCGGCGUCACAAAAUCGUGCAGCAAGUCUCGAUUCUUCCGGGAAGAUCUUCCGCUGUUCAUUAGUGGCGAUGACGGAUUUACACUGACCGACCGCGACGGUCACGUACUAGUUACAGAUAAUUUCGAUGUAGCACCCAACAGAAAUGAAAUCAGCUACAACUUUAGAGACCGCAGCACGUACUACUGGAGUUUACCAGAACGCUUGCUGGGUAACCAGAUACUAUCGUAUGGCGCCAACCUCACAAUCACGCAAUCCACUGUUGGGUCUGAACCUAGCCAAGAUCAGGACAUCAUUUUGAUUGGAAAUGGCUUGAAACUCUUCUGGACUCGUCCUCAUUAUGAAGAUGGUACGUAUUCCGUUCCUCUGUUGGAGAGCUACUGGAAAAACGUAGGCUCACGAGGAGUAUAUCAAGCGAGUAGAAGUGAUCUCAUGACUGUGCUGUCAAAGCUAGACCACAUCUUAGUCCGAGCCACAGUGCGAGAUUACACUACCAGAUCGUCAAUUAGCGACAUUGUGCUGGGAACCGCUGUAAACGUGCGUACAGAUUAUGAACCUGCUGAAGAGGUUGAAGUCUGUCGAUGCCCUCCGGGAUACCGCGGAACCAGCUGUGAGCUUUGCGAUGAUCUUUACUACAAAGAUGUGUUCGAUCGUUCGGCUGGCAUAACGGGCGUGUGUAAGCCAUGUCCAUGUGACAACGCUGAUUCCUGUGAAGCCGACAGCAGAGGUGACGUAAUUUGUAACUGUUUGCCAGGGUUCACUGGUCCGAACUGUGACAAUCCACAAUUCGAUUCUCUCACAAAUCCAUCUGAGCAUAACAUAACAAAUCGAAAGAUAAAUUGCUCCGACUACGCCAUCGUGUUCUACAAUCGGAGUGUUAGCUUCGAUCACUACCAAAUACAUGAUGAUAAAGGAGUAGAGAUUGGAAUCAUAUACAAGAUAAAGCGAUCACACACAGGUUGUUGUUGCAUAUUCCAUUACAAUCUUUCUUUCGCUCCUAAUGUGAAACGUUUGCGUCCACGUCCAUUCAAGUGUUAUCAAAACAAGCGAGGACAUGAAGACCAUGUUACCGAGCGACCACCUCCACCGGUGAUUGAGGUUGUUGUAACUGCUCCGACCAUUCAAAUCGUCGAAGUUGGAAGUAGAAUUCGUCUUGGUUGUACGGCACGCUAUAUUGUUUCGAAGCAUCCGAUCGAUGUCCGUUGGGACCGCAUUGGAGGACGUCUGCCGGAUCGUGCCUACAUCGAGAGUGGAACACUGACUAUAACUAAUGUGCAGAUCUCCGAUAGCGGCAUUUACGUGUGCCAAGCUGGAAGCGGCCCCGACACGGCCAACCAGCGAGUGACAGUGACCGUCGAAGGAGGUUCUUCAUCGCGAAAACCAGAAGUAUCUCUUUCCGAAGAUGUGAUUGAUCGCGAUGAGUUCCGUUCAGCUGAUGUAACGUGUACGGCAACUGGCUUCCCAACACCAAUUGUCACCUGGGAACGCAUGGACAAUCAUCCGUUGUCGUCGAAUGUUAUUAUCGAAUACGGUCUGUUACGGUUCAAUUCGCUUAGGAAAUCUGAUGAAGGCACCUACCGAUGCAGUGCACGUAAUGAUAUCGGCGAAUCGGACAAGAUAUUGCAUGUCUACGUACGAGAAUCUCGACCCUCACCGACCCAUCCAGAUCACGCGUACGAAACUGUUGUAAUCAAUCCUGACAACUACCAGGGAAGAUCGGGAGAACAAAUCACGCUGACAUGUGUGUGCCAGCCUCGUGGACAGGUUCGAUGGGCCAAGACGGGUGAACCAGAUUUGCCUCGCAAUAGCUACAUCCAGAAUGAACUACUAAUUAUUGAACAUGCCACAGCAGAAAACUCUGGCCGGUACACGUGUACGGCAAUCUUCCCAAGUGGUCGUGAGCGAAGUUCCUUCGUUGACGUUGCUGUGUCACCUGCUAGACCAGAUUUCACAAGUCCACGAGUUAAGCCGUUAGAUAACAAGCAUGCGGUCACACAAGGCACGGACUACACCGUCAUUUGCGAGGCUUCUGGCAAUCCCCAACCAACCAUCAAAUGGACUUUGAGUGGUAAGCCAUUUGCUCCUAACGUGCAGCAGAUUGGAAAUACUCUUCGCAUCGUAAAUGCGCAACCCGCCAACGGUGGUGUGUACAUUUGCUUGGCCGAAAACAGUGAAGGCAUGGAUCGUUCAUACACCGUGCUCGACAUUGAUAGACGAGAAUCGCCAGUGCUUGAGUUAUACCCAACGGAGCCUCAGGUCAUUAAGGUAGGUGAAUCAACGCGUUUGUCCUGUCGUGCGACCGCUGGUGUACCAUACCCAAUGUUGAAAUGGGUGCGAAGGGAUCGAAGACCACUGUCAACCCGAGUGACGCAGGAUUAUCCUGGAGUUAUUACGUUACGCGAAGUUACUCUAGACGAUGCCGGAGAAUACGAAUGUAGAGCCGAAAACUCAGCUGGCUCGACUUCGCUUUCAGCAUCGAUCGAUGUUCAGUUGGCACCUAUCAUCACAAUUACGCCACCAGUAGAGGAGCUCAAAAUCAGAGAAGGAGAUGAAUUAAGCAUUCAGUGCACGGCGAGGGGCAAACCAGAACCGAACGUUGUUAUCAAACCACCUCAUCACCAGGAUACUGAUCCGCGUCACCUUUCGAGCUACGAAGGCAGAGGUUCAGCAAACGUUCAUAUUUACCAAGCUGAGGUUAAACAUUCAGGAACGUACGAAUGUAUCGCUACCAGCACUGCCGGAACAGACUCACGAUUCAUCACUAUUCAAGUUGACAAAAAGCGAGGCGAUUUGGGACCUCAUGAUAACGAUCGUGACUAUGAAGAACCUGAUCGUCCGAUUCGUCCGCCACCUCCGUAUGACAACAACCGUCCUCACCAGCCACAACCACAACCGCCUUACUAUGACCGACCACAACAGCACACAUAUAAGGCCAUUCUGGGCGAAAGAUCAGAACUUCUCUGUAACGAAGCUUCUAGAGGGGCUCGUACUGAAUGGAGACGCGCCGACGGUCGUCGUCUGCCGGCGGGAUCUAUUCCUCGUGACGGUCAGCUGAUCAUCGAAAAUACCGGACAUGAUGCAACUGGACUCUACGAUUGUGUAGCACACGAUAUUGCGGCUUCACCUACGACCAUUGUUCAGAUCAUGCUACAGGUCAUUGAGCCACCUAGAAUCAGCUUUAGCCCGACAAUGCCAAUGGUUGUACGGUCGGGAGAAACGGUCACUAUUACCUGUAACGCCACUGGUGAACAACCCAUCCAUAUUCUCUGGCACGGAGAGAAUAUGCAAUACCUUCCCGAUAGAAUUCGAGUCAGCGGACAAUAUCUGCAGUUUACUCAAAUCACACAAGAAGAUGCAGGUCGCUACUAUUGCUCUGCUUCAAAUCGACACGGCAACGUGACGAAAGUUGCCGAGGUUAUCGUAAAUCGCAACGAAAUGAUUCCUGACAUUCCGUCUCACGGCCGCGUACACGAAGUGUACCGAGGAUCUUCAAUUUCCCUGGACUGCAAACUUCCCGACAACCAUUAUUAUCCGGGACUUACGUAUCAUUGGAGUCGCCUUGAUCGUCCACUUCCGUACAACGUCCGCACGGAAGACCGCGUUCUCCAGCUGAACUAUAUCCGUGAUGAAGACGCUGGAAGGUACGAGUGCCGUAUGAACUACCCGAACGGAUCCGUAGCGUAUGAUUUCGUGGACGUAGUGAUCAAGGGAUCCGGAUCCGGCAGUGACAAUACCGAAUGCACCUACACUGACUACGUUUGCAAGGCUCCCAUUUUGAUUUUCUACACCUGUAUACCGGCGUGGAUGAUUUGUGAUGGGAAAUCUGAUUGUGCCGACUCCUCGGACGAACGCAACUGCCGCGUGUUGCGCAAAGGAACUGUGCGCUUCGGACCCACGGAUCAACCCGGACGGGGCCAACGUCAGUCUUUGGAUCCGUUCUACCGAGCAGCAUCUAAAUUUUUCGCUCCUCAAUCUCUGCCGAUAUUGCGACUUGAACCGACCGUGUCUUACCUACGACCGGGUGAGUCCGUGGUAGUAGACUGCAGUUCGUCGGCCGGAUCCCAUGUACCUGUGUCCUGGCAGAGACUUGGAGGUCAACCUUUGCCGUACAACUUCCGGCAAGACGGAAAUCGACUAAUUAUUCAAGAUGUCACCGAGACUGACGGUGGCAAAUAUACCUGCGUGUGCCAUACCGAUGACGGACUGCAGUACAUUUCCGACUUCGAGCUUACCGUUAGCCCCGCCAGACAGCCGGAAACUCAGCGAACGUCCAAGGUAGAAUACGCUGAACGUGGUUCAACGGUGAAGUUGCAGUGCAAUACCGAUAUUCAUCCCACCUCAUUCCACUGGUCACGUGAUCGUGGAACUUUCAACGCAGAUCAGAACAUAACAGUUCCGAUUCUUACGUUGACCGACGUGCAAGCAGCGGACGCCGGAACGUACAUUUGUACGGCCAGGCAUAACGGACAAUCGGUGGACGUAUUGACGAUUCUGGUGGUAAACGGUGCUAUUCCCUUCUUUCCGCAGUCACCAAAAAGCUUUAUGGCGUUUAAUAAAAUCGACAACGCGUACUCCAAGUUUAACUUUGAGAUUUCAUUCAAACCUGAGAAGCUCAACGGAUUGAUCCUGUACAAUGGACAGCGUCGACCAAAUGGAGACUACAUCUCGGUAUCGCUGCGAAACGGAUUCCCGCAGUUCAAAUUUGACUUCAAUGGACAAUUGGUCAGUCUGCAACCGGAGAAACCCAUCCACAUGGGACAAUGGCAUACGAUCAAAGUGAAUCGUGUCAGAAAUAACGGCUUCCUGUUAGUUGACGACCAGGCUCCGGUUGUUUUCCCUGAUAAACUUAAAUUCCAUGGGCUCAAUUUGGAUGACAACUUGUACAUUGGAGGAGUGCCAAACUUUGCAAACAUUCCCGCAUCAGCCGUUGAGGCUAGAGAGGGCUUCGUCGGUUGUAUAAGCCGAUUGGUGAUCAACGGACGUGAAAUUCAACUUCAUCAAGAGGCCAUUACAAAUGAAGGAACAACCUCUUGUGAACCGUGCGCUGACGAUCCUUGCAAGAAUUCUGGUGUUUGCCUGGACACUCAAUCUGAAACGGGAUACUCUUGUGUGUGCCAGGAUGGCUACACCGGAAAGGACUGCAGAAUUGAGGGCCAGAAAUGUAUGCCAGGAACGUGCGGUAUUGGCCGUUGCGAGGAAACAGAAAACGGUGCCGAGUGCUACUGCCCGAUUCACAAGACUGGUCCAAGAUGCCAGUAUACUGAACAUUAUACAGACGACACUUUGGCCUUUAAGGAUGGAAGCUAUGCAGCUUAUGACAAAUUCCAAACUAAACGCAGCGCCAAAUUCCGCUUCAAGGCAGACAACUUGGAAGAUGGCGUUCUUUUGUACGCAGUGGAAAAUGAAAAGACCUACGGCGAUUUCAUUGCCAUUAUUCUGAAAGAUGGAUACGUCGAAUUGCGCUACAGUGUUGCUGGAAAAAUUCCUCCCGUCAUUUUGAAAUCGACUGUUCCAAUCAGGGUCAACCAAUGGCAUGAUGUGUCGGCAGGCCGAAGCCGAGGUGGACUAGCAUAUCUCCAGGUCGAUGAAGAGCCACUCCUGAACGAGCCGAAGAUUGGUCGAGCUACUGCCAUCGCUCUGAAGUCGAACGUCUACGUGGGAGGAUACGACAAGAGUGUCCUGCUGAAUCGCGCUGUUAGUGUGUCUCGUGGAUUUGAAGGAUGUAUAUCCAAUCUUGAGAUCUCCGGAAAUACCUUGAAUAUGAUUGAUGACAUCAAAGACUCCGCCAAUCUGUACAACUGCGGACAUCAGCAAAACUCCAUUGACAAUGGAUCCGAAAAUGAUGAAGAUAACGAAAUCGACCCUUGUAAGCCUGGAUACGGAGGACCAAACUGUGACGUUAUAGUCGAUGUUUGUCUCGCCCAGCGACCAUGUGAAAAUGGAGCCGUAUGCCAUAGCAAACUAAACGAAUUGCAGCAUACUUGUGAAUGUCAGACAGGCUUUUUAGGACGAAAAUGUGAAAAUAUGUAUGCAACGAACAUCGGAUCCCAGUUCCGAGGUGAUGGGUUCUUAGAAAUCGAUCCUAAGGCCAUCGCUGCCUCUGCCGACCAGUAUGAGACAAAACUAGCUAUUAUGUUCAGCACCACCCACUAUAACGGAAUGCUCCUUUGGUACGGUCAACGCAACGGAGAUGUAUUCUCUGGCGAUGAUUACAUAUCUCUGUCUGUCCACGAAGGAUUUCUGGAACUGGGAAUGCGACUGAACGGAGAAGAAUCUACGCUGCGCAAUGAAGACGUCUUUGUUGCCGAUGGAGAACAGCAUGUGGCGGUCAUUACCCGAGAAGCCAACCGAAACAGACUAGAAGUGGAUCACUUUUCAUCCCACGGUGAAACACGACCCACGAGAAAACAAGACAUUCAUCUGCCCGGUAGCAUUUAUAUCGGUGGUGCCCCAGAUCUGAAUCGUUUCACUGGAGAUCGCUUCAACGAAAGCUUCAAUGGCUGUGUAUACGUGAUAGAGAAUCCCGACACUUCUAGGGCGGUCCCGCUGCAAGAUUUUGCUAUCCGGACAGUGAAUGUCGACGUGUGCGAUGAUCCAAAGUGGGUGAUUCCCGCAUUACUUUAUCCCGACUUUCCGGAUGAUGGAGACGAUCUGUUUGGUCCGCUUGAGUUUGAUAAAGUGGAAGAACCGCCUCCCGUUCAUAUAAUUUACCCAAGGCCUUACAACCAGGGCUCUUUGGCAACAUGUGCAAGCAUUUGGUUAAUUGUAAUUACGACAAUUUGCAACAUGCUGCCAUCUCUUGUACGAUUAUGAGAAUAUUUUGCAAACAGAAUAGGAGUAAACUUGUAGUUAUCGUUAUAAAUAUAGAUGAUAUCAAUGUAGAUAGUAUAUUUUAGCAAUAAUCAAGACUUAACAAUUGUAUAUAUGUAUAUCAACGUCCCGGUUUGGUUGCUCGAAUGUAUGGCCUAUAUGUUCAAUAUUUCUCGUCAUCACAUAUCAUAUCUAGAGUGCCUAUAUGGAGAGGCAGAAUGAUACUCUCGGGGAUUUAAUCGAGCAACAAGACCUUGAUUUGAAAUCACAUUUUUGUAACGCUGAUAGGGUAUUUUAACCAACAAUGGACACCCUAGUAGAGCCAACGAUCAUUUUCCACAUGUUAUCACUAUUUUAAACAUUAUUUCAUACCUCAUUGUACAGAACCAUGAAAUCUGAAGACUUUUGAACCAUUUCGACUAUUUUUUCAUCAAUUAAUUACUUUUAUGCAGCAAAACAGCCAUUUGAAAAAAUGCCUAUUUCUAUUUCCUAUAAUGGACCUGGGUCCAUAAUCCGAUUGUGGACCCGGGUCCACUAUAGGAAAACUCUUGUUUUUAUAACAAUUUGUUUAAAUUUUUUUAUGUUUUGGUGCAUGGUUUGGGCCGAAUGAUGGAUAAAAUAAAAAAGAGGGCUUUUAUUCAUUUUUCAUUGUAAACAUAUAUGAUUUGUUAACAAAUAUGUCCACAACAUAAAUUUUAGACCAAAUGGGCAACUAGCAGUUUGCUAAGAAAAAAGGGAAGAUUGAUAUAUUUAUUGCUUUAUUUCUAAUUUAAGAGGAAAAAGUGAAUUAUUCUUGCCCAAUAAAAUUAAGAUAAUUACAGAAUGUAUCAUACUCAAGUGGCAAAUUUCUGCCAGAUUUGGUGAAAUGCACAAUUUCGGGACAAAUUCCCUAUUUUGACAAAGAACUUUGUCCUAAGGGCACUAUCUACGGGUGUCAAUCCAAAAUAUCGCGAAGCGAAAGUGUAACGAUUUGUGUAAUUGUUUAAACGCUUAUAUCUUCCACCCCAUUCAAGCAAUCUGCAUGUUUUAUCCACCAAACGAAAGGGGAAGUCUUAAAUUGCAAGUAGGCUACCUUAAAACUUUGAUGAAGUAUUCAAAAGUUAAAAUGAAAAUAAAAAAUGAGUCCAGGACAAAUCCCGGCUGCUGAUUGGCUGAAAGCGCUUAGCAAAUUUUGCCUUGUCUCCUGCUUUCGUGGAACUGUCACGCGAGAAUGUUACACCAUGGUUGCCACAUUUCGUGCGAACUAUAUAAUCUAGCACACAGACGGAUUCACGGUGGCAAUUUUUGCUCACACACACACACGCACACAUUGAAAGUCACAGUUUGUGCACCAACUUGGGAGGAAUUCUGUUCUAAUGAAGAUUGUUAGGAUGGUCACCGGAAAUCCAGAAUGAUUUGGGGAAAUGGGGUUGGGAUCAAAUUGGUAUGAUAUCGGCCACAGCCUGGAGUGGUGGACAUGGCAGUUGGGUUUCCUCUGAAGUCAAUUUGGUUGGUUCUACGAUGUUGAAUAGUGGAUCCGUUCACAACACCCCUUCAAAUUCAUUCAUUCCACGUGCGGUCAUCAAUGCUUGUUUAAAUAAUGAAAAAUUGAAUAUUUCCCACAUCAAUGUUCAAAGCCUUUGUGCUCGACAGUUCACUAAAUUCAAUGAACUUAAAAUGUCAUUUAUUGACAAUAAAAUUGGUAUCAUUUGUAUGACAGAAACUUGGUUAAGUGAUAAAAUUACUGAUUCGAUGAUUGAACUCGAUAAUUUCCAACUGGUUAGAAAUGACCGAAAUCGACAAGAGGGGAAGGUAAAUCCACCAACUUCUGAUUGUUCUGGUUUUCUGGCAUCCAACGUUGAGGAGUUUAACAUAAAAUAUGAUUCAACCUUUUUUAUCGGUGAUUUCAAUACUAAUUUGAUGAAAGAUUCGAAUAAAUCACAAAGUUUUCGUGAUGUUCUGGAAAGAAAGUCAUAUGUUUGUAUAAACGAUGAGCCAACAUUCUUUCAUAAUACUGGUUGUUUUCAGCUCGAUCUUUUUUUAACUGACUCUCCGCAACUUAUUAUAAAAAAAUAAUUAAAUUUCUAUGCCAGGUGUGUCAAGUCAUGAUAUGACAAUUGCCUCAUUAGAUAUUGAUUUCAAUUCUGAAAAAAUAUAUAUUAUAGAGAUUACAAUAACUUUAAUGCGGCAGCUUUGCGUGAU